GAGGGGCUGAGCAGACGUGCAGCGGUCCCCGCAGACGAGAUGCGCUUGGAGAUUGCCCACCCACGGGACUCGGGUGUGGAGACCCCGUAGGCAUGGAGCCCCUCUAACCGAGCCCCACCCCCGUGCUCCCCGUAUCCACCCCCUUCCAUGCUGCUGGCCUGAUGAGCUAGGGAGAGAGGGUGGUGAGCGUUAGGACCUCCCUCUCAGGUCUCCCCUCCUAGCAUGGGAUGGCAGCUGGCCUGGCUCCAAAAUUUCUGAGUGGGAAGGGGGAGAGAUGCAGUUAGGAUUUCUUUUCUUUCGUUCUUUCUUUCUUUUUUUUUUGUUUGUUUUUUUGUUGGGGAAGAGGGUGCGCUUGCGGAGCAAAUAAAAGACCGGUGUUGAAGCUUGCUAUAUCUUGGACUGUAUGGCUAUCUUUAGAUUGGCUGACUGCAGGGAUGGGCAGUGGAGAUCGUGGGGGGCACCGCCCACUCCACCGCUUUCAUCCUGUCUGGUUGUUUUCUCGCUGGCAUUUCCAGCUCUGGCCUUAGACAAACUCUGAUCACAAACUUCUCACUCUGACAAUCUCCGCGGGCCAUUCUCUUGGACAAGGAGCGCCCCGCCCCCUCCCCAUCCCCGCCCAGCAAGCUGCUGCUCCUCGUCCACAGGCCUACAGAGACAGGAGGUGGGAGGAAGUUGGGUACCUCGGAUCUCAGCGUCCCUGAACUCCCGAGAUGCUGCAGGGUCUGUGUGGGCCAGGGUCUGAGAGACACUGCUGGGCGAAUGGGUGCGGGUAGAAGCAAUUGUUACCUGACUGAACAGGGCUAAAGUGCCCUGACAACUUUCAGAAGACAUGUGAUUCUCAGACACUGAUUUUAGGGGAGUGGAAGUGGGGUGGAGGCUUGGAGAAAGGGAGGGUGAGAGAGUUCAGUAACGUGAACAAAGGUGAGCAUUUUUUGGUAUGGCGGAUCAUCAGUUAUCCGAAUGUGGAGCUGUGGCUGCGAUUAUGCCGAUGGAGCUAGUUACACAGGAGAUCGCUGACUCAGGCAGUGGCUUUUAUUUACUUUAUUUUAAAAAAACCCAAGUCACUGAUAGCACUUUGUGUAGAGGUGCUUAUGUCUAUGCGAGUGUGUUUAUUUUGAUUUUGUCGUCGUACUUCACUUCCCCUCUUUUCCCCAUAAAGAUGCCAGUGAACCCAGGGCUCAGGAUCUGGUACUGUAAACUGGUGGCCUUUCUGCCAAGCGAGUUAGGAGGACAAAGGUUUAAACCAACAUUUCUUAGUCAAUUUUCUACUCCCCAAGAUUUGUAUUUGUUACCGGUCUCACUUGUCAUUGGUGACAGCAUCAUCAGAACUUUAAUCUGAAUGAUUUACAAUUGAAAAUUUCCCCCUUAACUAGCUAAUCCUUUAUUUAAGACUUAACAGACCUCAGCUUAAUAUUUUGGGAGCCAUCCUUCUGUGUUUAGGCAGGUCCAUUUAACAAAACUGUUUAUUCUUGAGUAAUUUCUUCAUAGAAAUAAUACUAUAAACAGGGGCAAGUUUUCUGGGUGAGGCCACAACAAAUUCCUGAAAUUUAUGUAAUCACAGAAACACUGUUGCAUUUUGAAUGGUAAGUAACCAACAACAUUGUUACCAUAUUAAUCUCAAGUGCCAUUUUUAAAGAUACAUCCCUCUUUCAGGGAUGCUAAAAUGUGAAAAAAAACUGUGUCUUAAAUCUGAAGGAAGACAGUAUUAAAAUGGUAAGCUGUUUAUCUUGAAUGCCCCUCCCUAACUUGAGUGAAGUUGAAGAGAGGGCUUAUUGGGCUCACCUCUUUUUUUUUUUUUUGGAUGUAAGACUGGGUGAGACUGGGAAGAUGUAAGGGCCAUGGCGAAGGCCUCACACAGUGUGGGAAAGAGGAAGGAAGACAGUGUUUUUUCUGUUGGUGGUGUGGCUGUGCUCAUCUUUGUGGAGUGGGCAGGCUCAGAGACUUUGUUUCUUAACGUUUACUGAGUGCUUACGACAUGCAAGGCGGUGCUCAGCACUUUCUGUGUAUUAGCUCAAAUAAGCUUCACAACACACCUGACUCCAUGUUGCAGAUAAAACACAGGCAGGUUAUGCACCAGGGUCACAGUCUCAGUGGAGCUGAGGAGCCCAGGCCAUCUGUGGAGGUGAGGAGUCAUGUUCCUUUUAGGUUUCCUUCCUGCUGUAAACUCUGGGCUCCCCAGUUACCAGAGUUAAUGCAAGUAACCUCUGAAUGCUCUGUCUCCCGUAGUCUUUUUUAGUAUUUUUGUUUCCUUCUUUAGUAUAUUUUAGCUGCAUCCUCACAAGUCAGAGUGCCUACUUAUGUUCCAAAAUUCUAAUGACUUUGUAAUCCACAGUGCCCAGGCACUAAUAUGCUUAAUAGAAUAUUAGAGCCGAAAAAGACUUUAGUAUUAUAUUCCAGUCUGGAUGAAGAAACUGAGGUCAAGAGAAGAAACCCUAUAGCCUCGCAGUUUCAGCUCCCAGGUCUGGAUUUUUCUACCACAUUAUGGUGCAUUUCAUAACACUAAUUGGUCUAUGAAAUCUUGGCAGGGAAUAGACAUUUUUGUUGGAUGUUGUGGCAGGGUGGGAGUGAGGAGGGGAGUGAGGGCUAUGAUCCCCUGUUUGGGGUGUCUAUUUUUUUCCUCUGCUGCAUAGGUCUUUAUGAUGUUCAUUUAAAAUUGCUCAUUUAUUCAUUCAUUCUUUUUUGAAGCCUUUCAGUUCUCCUAUGCAUCAUUCACAAUGCUGAAUAAAAUACAAUUUAUUCCCUCAGAGCAUUUGCAGUGUAGCAAAGAGACAGACAAAUAAGCAGGUAAACGUUUUAGAUUAGCCCCCAAUUCAGGGCUAACUUUGCAUUCCAUCUAGUGAAGCAAAAUCUGUGGGCUAGAGACUAGGAGAAUCAUGGGUCUUAUAUCUGUGGAUGACUCUGCAUAGUUGUUGGACUUGAGAACAUACGUAAAUUCUUACCAGAUUAGCUAAUACUAAUAGAGUCCACCCACCCAAGUCUACAUGGCUUUUUUUUUUUACACUUCUAGCUGGCUAAAAGUGUUUUAAUGUGGAAGCACUUCCUGUGCAAGCAACAGGAAGUACAAGUAUGGAGAACAGUGUUACUGCCUGCCCAAGACUAGUUCCAGCAAGCCUUGGGGUUGGGAGGUAUUUGGAUUAGUUCUAGGCCAUCAUCAGGUAUUCUAUUAAUUUGUAAGUAUUUUGGAGCUCCCCAAAAGAUCCAGGAUUAUUGUGGUCUGUAUAACAAAUACUAUAUAGUGUGGCCCGAGACUCAUGGCCAGGGAGCUGUUCUCAUCUACAAUCCUGGGACUUCCUGAGAAACCAUGGUUUUUAAAAUAUGCUUGCAGUUUUAGAAUGAACUGGAAGGGUAGGUAUGAAUUGUUUGCAUUUCUCAUCCAUUACCUUAUUUUGUUCAGCUCAAGGCUAUCCUACCCUUUGUCUCUCAAUAUUUAAUCAACAUGUAUGCCUGAUUAAUACAAAUAAAGGGCACUGAGAAAUCUCCACAUGUGAUUUAAUAGUUUUAGUUUGAAUCACUGAAUUAUGUUCUAGUGGUAUUAUUUUAAAGAUCUAAAAUAUAAGGACAAAAAGCAUAUCUCUGAUUAUGGGGGCUAGAGAUGGAAGAUUUGGAUUUAGUUUGUUAAUAAGAAAUUUGUAAUCCUUUACACAUGUCCCACUGGAAAGAAUGGAAAUUAGGAGGCCUUCUUUAUGAUUGAGUUCUUGUAUUUGUUUAAAAAUUGUUCUGGUUUAUGUAGCUGGUUUCUGAGUUUUAAAAGUUUUCUGAUUAGGUUAAUGGUAUAGAAGGGACUGAAGAGACUUAAGAGAUUUUUGAAUAUUGAAUGAAAGUAUAAAAAGCUCUGUGUAUAUCUCAGCUCUAUUAAUCUACCUACUACUCUUACUCAAGAAAACAAUCACAAAUCAGAUACAUUGUUUUAUGGCAUAAAUACUACCUGAACAGUAGCAAAUAAUAUAAACCUAUCCAAUUACAUGUAAAAGUUAUGCUUACCAGAAUUGUAGACUGCUUUUAUUGUAAUUCUUCCAUAGAGGUUUAGAAAAUGGUUGUUAUAAAACAUAGAAAAUCCCUUAUUUCUGUGGCCCUCGCUCCCUUCAUCUGCAUUAUCAGUUUUAGAUUACCUUCUCUCAGGGUCAUUCUGACUCUUAUAUUCAGUUAUAAUCAGUAAUUGGUACUUCACCAUCUGAUUUUGAUGGGCCACUUAAUUAGAUGAAAUACUCACAUCCUGCCUCUGUUGGAUCCUGUGAGAGUGAGCAGAAACUGAAUUUGUUUCCUUACAAGCACCCUGCAAAUUGCUGUGCACAACUUAGGUACCCCCCACAUUUUUGGAUUAAAGAAAUAAAUCAAAACACCUCUUCUGUAAUCAAUGGGCAAAAGAUAACUCCAUCAGGAGAAUGUUGUGCUUUUAUUAUAUUUUUAUUUACAUUUUCAAAAAUAUUUCUGCUAGAAACUAGCUACUACCCCAUAAUAUAUGUAAUUUUACAAAGACCAGUCUGCUCAUCCUUUAAAAGGGCCUUCCCAAGUUCAUGUGAGGUCCUGUGCCUGUGAAUGUGACAUUUCCUCGGAUAGAAUCUUUUAUAAAUAAAUCUCACAAAAUUUCCUUUGUUUCCUUCUUGUGAUUUAGAGUGAUGAUUUGCUCAAUGACCAUGGUUUAUUCAUGGCUACUGAAAGAAAAUGAUGGGAUGUGUAUGGAGUGCCAAGCUCUAUCUAUCACCUGUGUAUCACCUAUCUACUAAUUAUCUAUCUAUCUAUCUCUAUCUAUCAUCUAUCUACCAAUUAUCUAUCAUCUAUCUAUCUCUAUAUAUCAUCUGUCUGUCAUCUAUUAUUUCUGUCUCUAAUCACCAUUUUCCUUCUCAUUUCUCUGGAAAAGGCUGGAAAGUACCAAGAAUAUAUAAGCAUGUUUUCCUUGCUUUGCCUGAUUCUCAUGUGUACAUUGCAAAGAUAUAUAAUUUGUAAAGGAAAAGAAAUUCUUAAGUCUUCCUCCCACUGAGUGAUGGGAAGAGGUGUAUGGUGACAACAUAUACUAUGUUCUAUUUCUAGAGUCCUUCCACUCUAGUAAUAGAGUGUCUUCCUGUCUCUGUGCACGUCUGUGCAGUUAAUUCACUGUGAUGCUCCCAUGGCUUUUAGAGUCAUUUCAAAUUCCUGAUCCAUCCUAGCUAAGUAAAAUGUGUAACUUAGCACUCUUCUUGUUUUACAAAACAUACGGGAGAAUCUUUUAAACUUCAUUUUUAUGCUAUAUAAAAAUGCUAGCUCUCCCUGUGUUGCAGGGAAGACUUUAGCAGUUGAGAGAAGGAUCUUAAUCUCCUCCCCUGACUAGGUGACAUUUCUCUUUCUCCCCUUAUUCCUCUUUUUCUCUGCCUCCUCCUUAUCCUCCACAGUUCUUUCUUUUGCUUCUCUUCUCCUCCUCUUGCUUUUCCAUCCUCCUUGCUUAUUGUGCAGGCCGUCAUCAUCACCUGGCACGGUGAGCCAGGGGUCUUCCUGCUUUGUUUCAUUGCAAGCUUUGCCAGAAAUAAACAUUAUGUUUACUUCCUGAUAUUCUUGGGAAAACCCACAAAAUCUAGCACAGGGAAAUCCAGAACAGCCCACCUGCACAUUUCUGUGAAAUACUAGAGACCUGCAAUGUGCUACCUAAAAGCAAUGAAGAAAUCCUGACUGUUAGAUGUUUUCUGAUGACAUUAGAAUAAAAUGAAUGGUGGUCCUGGAAAGUUCUAUACUGAGACCAAGUUCCAGGUUAAAGUACUCACAAAUACAGUAAUACCUGCUAUUAUCAAAUCUUUUUUCCUAAGCUCUCGGAAACUUAGACUACCUUGGCAAAAACUCAGGAAGUGUUUUUGGUGGCACAUGGGAAAGAGAGUAGAAGCAGCUGGUCUCAGGGGAGAACCUAGAAACUGGUCAUUUGCUAUAAAUAUUAAAGUCAAUGCCGUAAGGAUCUGACUAAUUUCUGAAACAUGAUGGAAGCAGUAACAACAGGUGUCAGAUCUAUACAUAGUAUGGAUCUGCAGGCUUUGGCAAAGGAGAGAAAAUCCCGAGUGUUAAAUAUUAACCCAGGAAUCCUGCUUCUGCAAAAAAAGCAGCAAGCAGCUCUACUUGGAGUCCAGUUCAGUUUCUUCACCUAUAAAAUGAGGAUAAUAUCUACUUAAGAUUUUUUCAAGAAGAAAAUGAAAUGUCAUCUGUAAGGCAUAUUAUGUUUAAUCAAUGGUAACUAUUGUUACAUUUGUCUAAAAACAAAGUUACAUGAUUUGGGAAUUCCCUAAAGUGAAAGUGAAAGCAGCUUCUCUAAUAAAUUCCAAGGGGUCACAAUGCUGCUUUCUUUUCUGAGUCUCCAAAGAAGGCUUGCCUUUGCAAAUACCUAUGUGUAUAUUACCAGUCUGUGAGUCUGUGUCUGUCCUCCCAUAUCACACCCCCCACCCCAGACAGGGGAUGUAGGAGGAGGAGGUGGAUGGUCAUUGAGGGAGGGGAAGCUGUGAUCACAAAUCAAGUUGGGCUGAGGGGAGGGGUUGUAUUAUCUGAACAUGUUCCCUCAUGUUAGCCCCAAGAAUUGCUACAAAGAACAGAGGAUGUGGUGUCCCUCUCAAUGAAAUACAGCCUCUGCUGGGAGGAUGGGACCAUUUCUGGGCUUAUCUAUGUGUUCAGAAGAAUUGUAUGUCAUCCAGAUUGGUUUUAUUUGAGAAUAUAGGGAUUCAAGUUCUGUGGGAUGCUGCAGUUUUUUCUUUAGCUUGGGUUUUGGGCCUAAUGUUGUCUGUUUAAAAAUGAGAGUAUUUAAAUAAAUUAAACAUUAGGUAGAAUACAUAACAGUCUUUUACUGAGAUGUCGAUCAUCGAUAUGGCUCCAACCGUCCAAGUGUUCAGUUGCUGUGUGUGGCCCCUUUUCUUUGUGCCCUUCUCCACCCUGAUGCCUUCACAGAGGGCCCUCGCUGUUUGGUCUGUUGUGUGGUGAAUUGCCGUUUAAGUUUCCUGUCUCAGGUGGCAGUGACUCGUGUGCCCCAGGUUUGGACAAACCUUCCCAGUCUAUGUGGUAGGUCUGAUGCAGAGGUUGCAGUCUGAUGUAACAGAAAUGCAUUCCAUAUAAAUUUUGAUAAAUGCUAGCAGGAAUUGUUUGAGUAUUUUUGAAAGGUAUGAAAUCAUUUAGUUCCAUAUUUUGAUGCCAACCUUAAACAUAAAAAACUAAGGUUUAGCAUCCAAAUGAUACAGAAGAUUAUCAUCUGAAAUGACACUUGGCUUCCAAAUAUACUUAGCCAUAUGAAGAGGGAUUGAAUACUGUUUGAUCUUUAUGCUUUAGAAAUUUAUAUACAAUUUAUAGUGAGCCUCUUGUCAACAUUUCAUGAUUCAAUAAGUUAUACAGUCUGGAAUAGCAGUUAGAAAGCUGGUUGGGACAGGUCCAGGCUUAAUGUGAUAGGAGGAUGUGUUAGGGACAGGGAACCCUGGGAAAGGGAACCGAACGCUUAAAGUAACAGAAGAGUCAGGGAGGGUGAGGUUGGGACGUGUGGUUGGGACUAGGCUUCUUGAACCUCUAACAGCUGUGGAGAAGGAAACUGUGUGUUUGUUUUGUUUUCUUAACUUUCCAAUCUGUCAGGACCAACACUUUCAUUCAAUUCAAUAACAAUGAAUUACUAGAAAUGUGAUCAUGUAAUAUAAAGGUCUCUAAGCCCUAACUGUCUGUUUCUGUACAUGUCUCAUCACGGACCAGUGAAAAGCAGUUGGCCAAUAGGCAACAGGCUGCCCAGCACUCUGGGUAGCACUUGUAAGGAAUGCUCAGAGAUGAAACUCCGAAGAGGUUGGAGCUACAUGGUCAAGAAUCUUGUACAUGUUUAAGGAAUUCCCAACUUUAUGCUCUCAAAAUUAGCAUAAAUUAUCUAAUUGAAUUUUAUGUGCAUAGCAGGUUAACUUACUUAAAACAUUUAUUUAUGCUGAAUAGUUGCUUGAUAAAACAUAUAUUUAAAAAUCUAUUCUGGCUUCUCAUACGUGGGCCAGUGUCCCAUAAGUUGUUCAGUACUUAUUAUAUUUUGGAAAUAAAUAACCUUGUUUGUGGAAAAUUGGGUUCGUUUGGGUAAAGGAAAACCACUUAUCAUCCAGGUUUCCCCUUCCCUUUUCUCUAUCUUGUAUCUAUUAGCAUCUGAGAUGGCUGGAUUUUACAGCAGAUUUCUUAGGACACCAGAACUGUUCUGUGAGCCCACCUGCCUUUUGUUGUCCUGUGCCCUUAUGUCAUUACAGUCGCCAGGUUUCCAGAUGCUGCGCAUAUACAGGACCAGACUGAGCAGGCUGGGGCUCAGCCUCUCCAGAGGGCUUCACCACAAGCCGGUGAUGGCCCUGAGGCGGGAGGAUGUGAAUGCCUGGGAGAGGAGGGCACCUCUGUCGCCCCGGCACAUCAAAGGGAUCACCAACCUGGGUUACAAGGUCUUGAUACAGCCUUCCAAUCGGCGGGCCAUUCACGACAAGGAAUAUGUCAAGGCUGGUGGCAUCCUUCAGGAGGAUAUUUCUGAAGCUUGUCUAAUUUUGGGAGUUAAAAGACCUGCAGAGGAUAAAUUAAUGUCCAAGAAGACUUAUGCAUUCUUCUCUCACACAAUAAAAGCUCAGGAGGCCAAUAUGGGCUUAUUGGAUGAAAUUUUGAGACAGGAAAUCAGACUUAUUGAUUAUGAGAAAAUGGUGGACCAUAGAGGAAUUCGGGUAGUGGCAUUUGGACAAUGGGCCGGUGUGGCAGGGAUGAUCAACAUUUUGCACGGAAUGGGUUUAAGGCUCCUUGCUUUGGGACAUCACACACCUUUUAUGCACAUUGGCAUGGCUCAUAACUAUAGGAACAGCAGUCAGGCUGUGCAAGCUGUCCGCGAUGCUGGCUAUGAAAUAUCUUUGGGUUUGAUGCCCAAAUCUAUAGGGCCCUUAACAUUUGUGUUCACAGGGACUGGUAAUGUAUCUAAGGGAGCCCAAGAAAUCUUCAACGAACUACCCUGCGAAUAUGUGGAACCACAUGAAUUAAAAGAAGUUUCCCAAAAUGGAGACCUGAGGAAGGUGUACGGAACAGUGUUAAGUCGCCAUCAUCAUCUUGUCAGGAAAACAGAUGGUGUAUAUGAUCCUGUAGAAUACGACAAAUAUCCUGAGCGCUACAUAAGUCGUUUUAACACUGAUAUUGCACCCUAUACAACUUGUCUUAUUAAUGGGAUCUACUGGGAACAAAACACCCCUCGUCUACUAACCCGCCAAGAUGUUCAGAGCCUCCUGGCUCCAGGCAGGUCUCCAGCUGUUGGUGUGGAAGGUUGUCCUGCGCUACCGCACAAACUUGUAGCAAUAUGUGAUAUUUCAGCAGACACAGGAGGAUCUAUAGAGUUUAUGACUGAGUGCACAACAAUAGAGCAUCCCUUCUGCAUGUAUGAUGCAGACCAGCACAUCAUUCAUGACAGUGUCGAAGGUUCUGGGAUUCUGAUGUGUUCCAUUGACAAUUUGCCGGCACAGCUUCCGAUUGAAGCUACAGAAUACUUUGGGGACAUGCUCUAUCCUUAUGUUGAAGAAAUGAUAUUAUCAGAUGCAACACAACCUCUUGAAAGUCAGAAUUUUUCUCCUGUGGUGCGAGAUGCAGUGAUUACAUCCAACGGUACAUUGCCUGAUAAGUUUAAAUAUAUCCAGAAACUCCGAGAGAGCAGAGAACAUGUUCAGUUGCUGUCAAUGGCCACCAAGAAAAAGGUCUUGGUCCUUGGUACUGGUUAUGUCGCCGAGCCUGUUUUGGAAUACCUGUCACGAGACUGCAAUAUAGAAAUAACCGUAGGCUCUGACCUAAAGAAUCAAAUUGAACAGUUAGGCAAGAAAUAUAAUAUUAAUCCUGUUGUUCUGGACAUUUGUAAACAAGAAGAGAAGUUGGGCUCCUUGGUGGCAACACAGCAUCUUGUCAUCAGCUUGCUGCCUUAUGUACUACAUCCUCUCGUGGCCAAGGCAUGCAUCACAAGCAAAGUUAACAUGGUCACAGCAAGCUACAUCACACCAGCGCUAAAGGAAUUAGAAAAGAGUGUGGAAGAUGCUGGCAUCACUGUCAUCGGUGAAUUGGGACUGGACCCGGGUCUUGAUCAUAUGCUGGCAAUGGAAACAAUAGAUAAAGCCAAAGAAGUGGGGGCCACGAUUGAAUCUUACAUUUCCUACUGUGGUGGGCUUCCAGCCCCUGAACAUUCAGACAACCCUUUGAGGUACAAGUUCAGCUGGAGUCCAGUGGGAGUUCUGAUGAACAUAAUGCAGCCUGCCACCUACCUGCUCAAUGGAAAGGUGGUGAACGUUGCCGGGGGCAUCUCCUUUCUCGAUGCAGUCACUCCCAUGGAUUAUUUCCCGGGAUUAAAUCUGGAAGGCUAUCCCAACAGAGACAGUACAAAAUAUGCUGAGCUUUACGGCAUUCAGUCUGCUCACACUUUGUUGCGGGGGACACUGAGAUAUAAGGGAUAUGCCAAAGCCUUGAAUGGAUUUGUGAAAUUGGGUCUCAUAAACAGAGAUGCAUUUCCUGCCCUUCGACCUGAGGCCAAGCCUCUCACCUGGAAGGAGCUCCUUUGUGAUCUAGUUGGAAUUUCACCAUUCUCCAAGCAUGAUGUGCUUAGGGAAGUUGUCCUUAAGAAGCUAGGAGGAGAUAGUACCCAGCUGGAGGCUGCUGAAAGGUUGGGAUUACUUGGGGAUGAACAAGUCCCUCGGGCAGAAUCUGUGGUGGAUGCCCUUUCCAAGCAUUUGGCCAUGAAACUCUCCUAUGGUCCUGGGGAGAAAGAUAUGAUUGUGAUGAGAGACAGUUUUGGAAUUAGACAUCCUUCUGGACAUUUGGAAAGUAAAACUAUUGAUCUUGUGGUUUAUGGAGAUGUGAAUGGCUUUUCAGCCAUGGCUAAAACUGUGGGGUUACCCACUGCUAUGGCAGCCAAAAUGUUGCUUGAUGGUGAAAUUCAAGCUAAAGGCCUGAUUGGACCUUUUUCAAAGCAGAUCUAUGGACCAAUACUGGAGCAAAUUAAAGCAGAAGGCAUUAUCUACACAACACAGAGUACAAUCAAAUCUUAAUUAAGAAUUGUAUUUUAUUUUUAUCUUCCUACACAACACAGUUAUGAACAUUAGUGCCACAAAUAUGUUUGCUACGUGCUAUUUAAACUAUAAAACAUAUGUUUUGAUUAAGUCACUACAAUGUGUUUUGAAAGAUAAAUCUUUUUUUAUAUGAAAAUAUUUGGAACAGGGUAUGCCAGUAAUUACCAGAGAACUUUAAUAAUUCUAUAAUGUAUUUUUUCAUGUGUAUGUAAGAGUGAUAAUGAUUGUGCUAUUUGUUAAUUUAUUGUGCAAUUGUUUUCCUAUAAGAAUGUAUUUUCCUAUACUCAACAGAUGAAGUUUCAUCUUUUUAAAUGGGAAAUAUUUUCUCAACACCACAGAAAUAUAAAGGAUCAUAAGAGACUCCUACAAUUAUAUGCCAACAAAUUGAAAAGCCUAGAGGAAAUGGAUAAAUAUUUAGGACCAUACACCCAAGACUGAAUAAUGAAGAAAUAGAAAAUCUGAAUAGACUUUAUUUCAACUAAUACAAUUGAAUCAGUCAUUUAAAAAUUUCCCAAAGACAAAGUACAGGAUCAUAUGGCUUUCCAGGUGAAUUCUGCCAAUAAUCUAAGAGUUAACACCUAUCAUUCUCAAAUUAUUCCAAAAAAUUAGAGGGGAAGGAAUACUUCCAAACUUAUACGACUAGACUGACAGUCCAGAAAUAGCCUUCACACUUAUAGUCGACUGAUUUUUGAAAAGGGUGCUAACACAAUUUGCUAGCUGAAAAUGGUCUUUUCACCAGAGGGUGCUGGGACAACUGAAUACUCACAUGUGGAGGACUGAAGUGGGCCUUUAUCUCACAGCACAUAUAAAAAUUAAAGUGGACCAAGGGCUUAACUGUAAGAGCAAACACUAUAAACUUUUAGUAAAAAUUAGAGAUGUAAAACUUUAUGAUCUUGGUUUUAUGGCAACAGUUUCUUAAAGAAAUGAUAACAAAAGCACAAACAACAAAAGAAAAAAUAGAUAAAUUGGACAUCAACGGAAUUAAAAGCUCUUGUGCUUCCAAGCAUACCAUCAAAUAAGCAAAAAGACAAUUUAUAGAAUGAGGGAAAAUUUUGCAAAUCAUGUAUCAGGAAAGGGAGUAACUUGUAUUUAGAAUACAUAAAAAAACUACUAUACUCCAAUAAAAAAAGAAAGAUCCCAAUGUAAAGAAAUGAACAAAGGUUCUAAGUUGACAGUUCUCCUAAGAAGAUAAACAAAAAGCCAACAAGUGCAUAAAAUGAUGCUCAACAUUACUAGUUGUCAAAGAAAUGUGAAUCAAACUCACAAUGAGAUACCACUUCACACUCAUCAGGAUAGUUCUAAUAAAAAAGUAACAGUGCUGGUGAGGAUAUAGAGAAAUUGGAACCUUCAUAAACUGCUGUGGGAUUGUAAAAUGGUAUGGCUCUUUGGGAAAACAGUUUAGCAAAAAUGCUAAACAUGGUUACCAUAUCGACCCAGCCACUGUUAGGUAUAUACCCAAGAGAAACGAGAACAUGUGUUUAUGUAAAAACUUGUAAACAAAUGUUUAUAGCAUUUUCAUACUAGCCAAAAAUGAAAACAAUCCAAAUGUUGAUCAACUAAUAAAUCCACAAACAAAAUGUGUCAUAAAAAUACAAUGGAAUAUUUGCCAAUAAAAAUAUAAUGAAUAAUAUAGGCUACAACAUGAAGAAACCUUGAAAACAUUAUGCUAAGUGAAAGAAGUCAGACAGAAAAGGCCAUAUAUGUUAUUUCAUUUACAUAAAAUAUCCAGAAUAGUCAAAUCUAUGUAGAGAAACUAGAUUAACAGUGGUUUAGGGCUCAGGUUUGCAGGAUGAGUUGAAAUGAUGGCCAGAGGGUUUAGGUUCCUUUUUGGGGUGAUAAAAUAGUGUGCAAUUGAUUGUGAUAAUUGUGGCAUCUCUGAAUAUACUAAAAAACAAAUCACUUAGUUGUAUACUUUGCAUGUGUGAAUUGUAUGGCAUGUGAAUUAAAUCUCAAGUUGUUACAAAAGAGAGUCAAUUACAAAUAAAAUGUUUUGGCUCCAUGGGAAAAAUAUUAUAUAUAAUUAAUUAUAAUUUUUUAAAAUUUUUACCAAUAACUUUAUUGAUUUGGAUAUUUUGAGUGUGUCAGUUAUCUCCUGUGUGGUAUAACAGUGAUUGUUCUCACUUAGUGUCUCAAUUUGAUCACUAUCAACUUCAACUAUCCAACUGUGGAGUAUUGUCUAUGGAGAAAUCUCCAGCAUGAAACUUCGCAAACCUCUUUUGACAUGUUCCAUCAGUAAAAAUGUUAUGUACAUAGACUAAAUAAAUACCUGUUUGCCUUUCAUGUGCUGUGCUCA